AUGCCAGCAGGCAGCCCUUCGCGAUUAGCAAAUGCCGAACUCACCCCCGACCGGCGACUCUCAUUCCAACCACCAGGAUCAAGGCACGUUUCAUCAUACAACGUGAUCACCACAAAUCUGACUGACAUUGAUAUAGAAAUCCCCGAAGAUAAACCUGCAUUGGCAACUCCACCUCGACAACCUUCAAUCGAGCGCGACGAUCAUGAUGGACCACCAGCUAAGAGGCGGAAAAUCACAGAUACAAAUCAGAGGCCAUCCCCAAGGCUCAUAUCUCCCCCAUGGAAACGGGUCGUGGCAGAGGGGCCAACCACCUUCGUCGAGAAUGGUCGGAGGAAAUCUGGGAGAACAAAUGUGGUGCCCCUCGAGUUGCAGCCGCAGUCGACUAAGAGAAACACACGCGCCGCUUUCGAUAAGGUGAAGGCGGAGCGCGAGAAGGUUGCGAAGCCAGUCUACAAUGUGACAGCCAAGAAGGCAAAGGUCGAGAUACAGGAGCCAACCUCGUCUACGAAGCGUGGUCCAGGCCGGCCACCAAAGAGUCGCGAUGCGGACAGCCCGCAUUCAGCGAAGCAAGAAGAAACCCCAAAGCAUACGAGAACCUCGACUCGUCCAAAAUCUACCCAGGUCAAGACCAAAUCCCCUCGCCGCUCUGCCGGGCCUGUCACUCGACGCGAUCGACCGAAUUCCCCUCAUCUAAAUGGCGUCAAACAAGAAGAAGAACCAUACACCAAUGGCGUGCUGCAACCCGAGGAGACUGACAAUGAAGGCGACGAUUCGGAUAUAUCGAGUCUACACGAAAAGCGAUCUCCGAGCCCUCCCUUGCUCCUGUCGAAAGUGAUCUUUCGCGUCCGACUGCCUCAGCCUUCUGUAGCCACACCUGCUAACAUACCCGCACCCAAGAAGUUUGGAUCCUUCACGGAGUUUCUAGAGCGCGAUGAUACGGAACCACGGGAGGACACCCUUGCCCCUGUUGAGAUAACGAGGGAGGCUGUUGCGCGACGACGAGUGAGAGAAGCGCAAAGACGUGGUCGGCUGACUGAGAAAAAGCUGCUUGACACACUUCCUGACAGACCGGAAGAGCCGAAACGACAAUAUGCUCAUCUUGAUCAUCUUCUUGCACACGUUUCCCGCUUCAAAGUCCUACUAAAGAAAGAGGCCCAGGACCAUAGAAGACAGGCGCAUGCAUUGGCGCAUGAGGCUAAGAAGUACGUUGAAGACAAGCAAAAGCGAAAUAGAGUCAAGACCGUGGAGGAGAUUGAGCGGGAGAAACGAGAUGCUACGAUCGCCUUCUAUCGGACCGUUGUUAAGGAUAUCGACAAGCUAUGGGCAGCAGUCAGGGCUGAGGUCGACGCCAUGCGCCAGAAACAGUAUGAAGAGGAACAGCAAGCCAGGGUGAAAGGUCACCUUGCUCGAGUUCUAGAUCGGACUGAUCAAAUGCUCAAUAAAGCGGCCGAGCACGAGGAAUCCAUCGUGGGUACAGAUGCGGAAAAUUCGACAAGUGAGACAAGCGAGGAAGACUCUGAAGACAGUGAGCAAAUGUCAGAAACAGAUACAGAUUUCGAGUCUGAGCCAGAGGUUGGCAAUGGCGAUGCAGAAAUGUCGGUCGAAGAGUUGAGACGCAAAUAUGAGAAUUUACCGGAUAUGCCGGAGGCUGAUGAAGAAGCGCGACAAGAUUCCAUCGAAGCCAGCGGAAACGAGACGGAUCCGAAACAGUCUGAGGAGGACUCGGACCCAGAGACUGAGAUGGAUAGCGAGUUCGACACGGAUGAGUCAGGCACAGAGAACGAAGAUGACGACGAAGAGCACGAGGGUGAGGAAGAGGCUCAAGGCGGUCUUCUUUCACUGUUCUCGAAGAAAGAAAUCUCGGAAAUGGCGCCGGCGUCCGAUGGGCUGUCUGCGGAACAGGAAGAAGCUGCUAAGGGCAGUCCUCUGGUUCAAGUGCUGGAAGACCACGAGAUGCAGGAUGCAGAAAGCUUGGUGCAACCAGCGAGCCCAGAUAAACAUGGUCCCAAGGAGGUCGACGCCGAAUCGAGGCAGGAGGACAUUCAGCAUUCUGCAUCUGGAGAGGACUCAGGAAGCGCGGAUCCUAGUGCACACACUUCGCCACAUACCAGCGCCACCAAAGUCUCCGAAUCCGACUCUGUCUCGUCGAUCGAGCCUCAUGCUGAGACAGCGCUGCCUCUCACUCCCUCCGAUGGAAAGUCGUCCAAUAUCAAGACUCCGGUUCCAAGCUUGUUGCGAGGAACUCUCCGACCAUAUCAACAUGAAGGCCUCGAUUGGCUGGCAGAGCUUUAUGCACAUGGAAGAAGUGGUAUUCUAGCUGAUGAAAUGGGUCUCGGAAAGACCAUUCAAAGCAUUUCGGUGUUGGCGCACCUUGCCGAAGUCCACGAAGUUUGGGGUCCGCAUCUUAUUGUGGUGCCGACCAGUGUAAUGCUGAAUUGGGAAAUGGAGUUCAAAAAGUUUUUGCCAGGCUUCAAGAUUUUGACAUAUUAUGGGAACCAAGAAGAGAGGAAGCAAAAAAGACGAGGAUGGAUGGCUGAUGACAGUUUCAAUGUUUGCAUUACUUCGUACCAGCUUGUCCUGCAGGACGCGAACUCGUUCAAGAGGAGGAGGUGGCACUACAUGAUUCUGGAUGAGGCACACAAUAUCAAGAAUUUCCGAUCGGAGAGAUGGCAAACGAUGAUGACCUUCAACACCAGGGCUCGCCUUCUCUUGACUGGAACGCCCUUGCAGAACAACCUGACGGAGCUGUGGUCUUUGUUGUUCUUUCUUCAUUAUGGUCAAGACAAUGAAGGAGAAGACGAUGCUUUCGCGGGUCUCAAGGAAUGGUCUGAAUGGUUCAAAAAGCCUGUGGAGUCAAUUCUUGAACAUGGUCGUCAGGUGCUUGAUGAAGAGGACAAAGAGCAGGUCGCAAAGCUGCACAAAGUCAUUCGACCUUUCCUUCUUCGGCGGCUUAAAGCCGAUGUUGAGAAGCAGAUGCCGCUAAAAUAUGAGCAUGUCGAGAUGUGCCGACUAUCCAAGCGACAGCGACAACUUUACGAUGGCUUCAUGUCGAGAGCGCAAACAAAGGAAACCAUGGCCUCAGGCAACUAUCUAUCCAUCAUCAACGCGUUGAUGCAGCUUCGCAAGGUCUGCAACCAUCCAGAUCUGUUCGAGACACGACCCAUCACCACUUCAUUUGCCAUGCCUAAGUCCGUUGCCGCCGACUUUGAGAUCAAUGAUUUUCUAGUACGACGAAAACUGAUGCUUGACGCCUCUAGCGACCUCAACCUCGAUUUCUUGCAGCUUGCGCCGAUCUCGCAUGAGAACAUGUCCAUGAUAGAAUUCAAAGAGACAGUCAAACGACAUGCAUAUCAACAGCUGAAGGGGUUAAUGGACUCUCAGAGGCGCAGAAUCGCUCGAAAUUCUGGGUGGAACGGCGAGACUCGGUCGGGAGUGUUAGGGUCGCUGGAAAACAUUGGGAGAAAGGCUCGAAUUCAGGAGCUUGAUCAAACAAUGUAUUACGAAUCAUGGCGCCACAAUCAGCGUCCGAUCUACGGUCGAGGCUUGCUUGAGAAACUGGCCAUAAAAACAACAAGUGCUCAGCUGUCCAGACUAUCCCCUUCCAAGGUCAUGAGCAGGUGGUGGGAAAAGCAAUCGCCUGUGGAGUCUAUCAGUCUCGUGCACUCUGUCGAGUCGAGGUCAAAACAAAUGGAGCCGUUCGUUCAGCAAUUCGCCUGUAUUACCCCAGCCGUUGUGGCCACCGAUUUGGGCGUGGCCACCGUGACAGUGGCUGGCGCUGCAGCCAUCAGAGCAACAGAGUUGGCUCGCCGCGCUGAUCCUUUCCACCAAGCUCGGAUGAAGAUGUCUAUAGCAUUCCCUGACAAACGGCUGUUGCAGUACGAUUGCGGCAAACUACAACGAUUGGACAAGUUGUUGCGCCAAUUGCAAGCUGGAGGCCAUCGGGCGCUGAUCUUCACUCAGAUGACCAAGGUAUUGGACAUCCUGGAGCAGUUCCUGAACAUCCAUGGGCAUCGAUAUCUCAGACUCGACGGUGCCACUAAGAUUGAGCAGCGUCAAAUUCUGACUGAUCGGUUCAACAAUGACACUCGGAUUUUGGCGUUUAUUCUCUCCUCACGGUCGGGCGGUCUGGGCAUCAAUUUGACUGGAGCAGACACUGUCAUCUUUUACGACAUGGACUGGAACCCGGCCAUGGACAAGCAAUGCACUGACCGGGCUCAUCGUAUAGGACAGACCCGAGACGUCCACAUCUAUCGGUUCGUGUCAGAGCAUACCAUUGAGUCCAACAUUCUCCGCAAAGCCAGUCAAAAGCAGAUGCUGGACGAUGUCGUGAUCCAGGAGGGCGACUUCACCACCGACUACAUGAACAAGCUCACCUACCGGGAUAUGCUUGACGACAAUACGGCAGAGGAUGACGUUGCAGGCCAGGCCAUGGAUCGACUUCUCGGCAAUGACAGGACCAAUCUGACUGUCUUGGAAACGGCGGAAGAUCAAGAAGACCGUGCUGCCGCCAAGGUUGCCGCGAGAGAGGUCCAACAUGCGGAUGAUGGUGACUUUGAGGACAAGACGGCCACGGCGACUCCUCGGACGAACGAUGCGCAGACGCCUGGACCUUUUGCAGCCAACGAGACUGCCUUGGCCGAAGCGCAAGCAAAUGACGAGGCUGCCCAUGAUAUUGACGAGUACAUGAUUCGCGUGCAGACGUAUCUCAUGCGCGAUGUCCCUCUCGGACCUGGCAAGGAUAAACGAAAGAAAGGAAAACGACGAGAUGAGCAUCGCGUUCGGCGGGCAAGAUAA